AUGAACAAUUAUUCUCGACCCUCAACGCGUCGCGCUCCUCUGGGAGAGGCGACUCGACGAAUCAACAAUUCAGACCACUCGCGAUCCCAAGGCUCUCCAAAGCCUUCUCCAAUGCCUCACCACGAAAGUAGGAAACCGGAUGGUCUCCUCCAGAAGAAGACGCACAAGGAGGACAAGAGCAGCGGCCAUACGCCAACCAGAGAUAACCCGCGCCUCUCGGCCAUCAAAGAACCAAAUUCGAACCGCAACUCCGCAAUCUCGACCACCUCGGCCGAGAGCCGGGCGCUCAAGUCUAUGAUUGGGCCAUGGAAGCUGGGCAAGACUCUGGGGAAGGGAUCUACUGCACGUGUGAGGCUGGGACGACAUGUGCACACUGGGCAAGAGGCUGCUAUCAAGAUCAUGCAGAAGAGUCAUGCUCAGAUCUCGCAGGCUGGAAGUCUCGCAGACCUUGAAAAGGCGGAAGCUCGACAGUCCGAUUACGAUGGUGUGAAGCAUAUGCCGAUUGGCAUUGAAAGAGAGGUCGCCAUCAUGAAACUCGUGCAACACCCACAUAUCAUGAAGCUGUAUGAUAUCUGGGAGAACCGAACCGAGAUCUACUUGAUCCUCGAACUCGUCGAUAAAGGGGAGCUAUUUGAGCAUAUCAAGGAAAAUGUCCGAUUAUCCGAAGAGGAGGCUAUGCUUUACUUCCGUCAAAUCAUCAGUGCGCUUGGGUACUGCCAUUCAUUCAAUAUCUGUCAUCGGGAUCUCAAGCCUGAGAACAUACUCUUAAACAGCCAGAUGGAGAUCAAGCUUGCAGACUUCGGGAUGGCCGCACUGCAUCAGGCUCCGGGUCACAAGCUUGAGACUUCUUGUGGGAGCCCCCACUACGCAGCGCCAGAGCUUAUCAUGGGCAAGGCGUAUCGCGGAGACUUAGUCGACAUCUGGGCUAUCGGAGUUGUCUUGUACGCAAUGCUUGCUGGAUAUCUGCCAUUCGAUAACCCGGGCAGCAUUACCCAAUUAAUGACACAGAUCAAGAGUGGCCGGUACGAAAUGCCUGAAGAUAUCAGCGAAGACGCAAAGAGUCUGAUUCAUCGGAUGUUGCAAGUCAACCCCAAAAACAGGAUCCAGAUGAGCCAGAUUUGGAAACACCCGCUACUCAAGAAGUAUGACUACUUAGACAAUUUUGGGCGAACAGCAUAUCUACAGUCUCCAAGUCCGAACGAUUACGCAAUCUCCAUGGGGCAUAAAGACAUCAACAAAGAAUUGUUGCGUAAUCUGAGGUCCAUGUGGCACAUGUAUACAGAGCAGCAAAUAGUAGACGCCCUCCUGAGUGACAAGCCAAACGAACAGAAGAUGUUCUACAGUUUGCUUCUUAAGCACCGCCAAACUGAGUCAGAAAACUAUAACCCUGCGCUCAACUAUUCUACGAGUGACUAUCACCAUGUCAAGCCGCUCGCUUUAACAAAGGCAUAUUCUACCUGCCAAUUUCCCCCACAGACACAGAAUGGACAUGUGCGUGAGGGCUCGAAGUUUACUGUCAUCAGCAAUGCUGCAGAGACAGAACAGAGUUAUGACCCUUUUAAAGCCUCCAGACCCCAACAUCUGACACAUCGAAAUGACCCUGCAAAGAUCACUAUACAUCGCGCCGCCGAAGAGUAUUCCUGGCAAGAAGAACCUUCGGUAUUGAAUCGUGGAGAUAGUGCACUGCGACCACCUCCUAGAACCUAUGCUUCACGAAGCUCAUUGAGUUCUACACGAAGCCGGAGCAGCAGUGGGCAGGUCAGAGCUGGCUACAAGCGAGGCGUAAGCUUUAACCAGAUUCACAAGCGUGUGAGCGGUGCUCGGAGAAACAGCUCAGCGCCCAAUCCGCCUACUGGACUCAAUGGUCGACACAGCAAUCACACUGAGGUGACUGAUGAUGAAGGCGAUUUUCUAAGUCCUGUUAACAACACAGCUGCUUCAACGAAGUAUAUCCGUUCAAGGAAGGCCGAGUCAAUAGCUGCUCAACCUCUUCGUCCUGCCAUCAAGCCGGGUCAGGCGAGUGAGAUAUUCAGUGAGGAUGUGCGACAGCAUAGCAGCAGCUUGGCCAAAGAUUGUGACGAGGCGUUCAACUGGGGUCCAAGCACAUCUGGAAAUGCCAAUAAGAAAACCAAAAACAAGCAUUCAUCCUUGGACUCUCGCCCUCUACCACCUCCCCCUGCUCGUACGACUUCUGUGAAGCAAGAGCUUCUCGAAGCACGAAAGCAGGCUGAGUUGCGGAAGCAGCUUGGGUGUGAAGAUUCGCCUGGGUAUUUGGAUCGCAUGGUAAACCACAUCGACCGGCUUAUCCAGCCACUAUCUCCAAACCUCUCGACUCCCGACCGUCGUAUCUCCUCUGCUCCUUCGGAUGGCCGAUAUACAAGCCGAGGUCUGCCAUCUAUCCACGAAUCCCAUGGCGAAGAUGUGUCUCCUCGAACGGCAAGAGGGAGGGCACUCUUGGAACUCCAGCGUAAAGUCGAAGCUAGGGAAGGUCGUAUCGCAUCUGCCCCCGAGCCUUGGAACAUGAAGCGCAGUCAUAACCCUGAUGAGCGUCGUGCCCAAAUUGUUGCUUUGGUCAAGGAUACCAUCAGAGUAGUCCAGCCUUCAUCGCCACUGGCAAGUCUGAGUCCCGUGAGGCCUCCGGCACCUCUGACGAUCCGAAAGAAGAGCUCUCUGGGCGUACCCCCCCUCUUGGAGGCCGCAGGAUCUACACCAGGUAACGCCGGGAAUGUGCCAGCACAGGCUUCUUAUACCCAUCGGAUCGACCAGCCAUCAAAGUCAGACCUUCAACACCAGUAUAAGUCCGCAGCUAGACCUGACAAUCGUUAUGAGCUACCGCCCAUCAGCGAGUCUAAGAAUGAUGACGACCACAAUGAUACCAGCACCGGCUCGAUUAUCAUAAAGAAGUCAUCUGGCUGGUUUAAGCGCAAUUCCAAGACUGACAGCGAGGACUAUAGAGUUUCAAUUGCCAGCUCUAAUGGUUCACGACCAGCAGAUAAUGAUGUCUCUGACCCUUACCAGCGGCCCAGAAAUCCACAACUCCAAUUGGCUUCUCCGAAGCAACCGAAGAAGAAGCCAUUUAAUCUUGGUAGAAUUUUCAAGAAGAAAUUGAAGCCGGAUAUGUCUAUCAGUGCCCAAGAAGUUUUCGACGACUCAGCCAGUAUUCAAGACUCCGUUAUGGAUACCCGAUACCAGAAUCUUACUGGGCGAGGCAACGGUGAAGAUGCGAGAACCAGACGGGUCGCACCGCAGCAGAGCUGGCUGGCUAAGCUGUUCCACGUCAAGCCCGCCUCGCAGUUCCUGUGCUUCUCUGUCUCCCAGAAACGUGCUCGCCGCGAGAUCACGGCUUUGUUGAAAGACUGGAAGCGCUACGGUAUUGAGGGUCUGCAAGUCGACAAGGAGCGCAAUAUCGUGUUUGCUCGGGUUUCUGCCAAUAAUUUCCUCGAGAUGAAAGAAGUCGCCUUCGCAUGUGAAAUCAUGACCGUCAUCGAGCAUGGCAAGCGCAACCACCUAAGCAUCGUCCGUUGCACUCAAGAGCAAGGCGCGGCCAGUACCUUCCAUACCUUUGUUGAGACGCUGGAGUCGGUGAUGCGCGUUCGCAAUCUGCUUGUCGCUGAUGACCGUAAGAAAAGAAUGAUGAUCAAGACGCUGAAUGCAGCCACCUGA